AUGGCAGAUCUCGAAGCACAAAUCAAUGGCCUAUUCGCUGCACCCGAUCAGACUCUUCCGAAAGAUGUCUUGUCCGAACUGCUGCACAUUGUGCAGCUUAUGUCACUCUCGGCACAAGACUUGUACUACAAAUGGGAGGGUUAUGCUAUUACCAUGGGCGCCGAUACCACGACACUCAAUUACAAAACGGUACGCGACUUCAAGAAGACUCUCCAGGAGGAGCUAGAGCGGACGGUGCGAGCGCGACCUGAACCCCAGCAUCCACCGAAGCGGGUGGGAGCAACACCGAGGACAGGAGGGACGCAGGACGUGUUUGGAAUGUUGGAUGGCAUGGUUUCGCAAACACCCGCUUCACGAGUACCGGCGGCGAAGAGGAAGGCCACGUUUGAUACACCGAUAUCGAAGGCGGUCAAGAACAACUUAAACAGCUCGCCAGCGGACAACAAGACGCCCACGAUGAAGAGCCUGCCAACAGUCGCAUUCGAGGGGCGGAAGAAUGCAGGGGAGGUGGUAGAGGCCAUAAAUGCACAUCUCCCAGCUGCGGAAGUGCCAGAAGUGCCUCCUGCAGAAGCACGCAUCAAGCUCAAAGCUGCGGUGGACUUGCCUAAAUACACAUACAAGCCAAUGGCCAUGAAGUUGUCAGAAGCAUCAGAAAUCCUCGAUGAUCGGAUCGAUAUGUUUGUGGAACAGGUGCAGAAAGAGCAUAAUCUGGAGGAUAAUGACUUUGGCAAUCCUGCUGCACAGUCUACUUCGGACAUUGUAGCAGUAGGCAGGAUUGCCUGUGACCAACCUACUGGCAAGCUCAAUGCGUCUAGCAUAGUUCUCGAGACGAGCCGUCGUAUGGGAGCAGGCAUGCGAGUACCCUUGAAGCUGGAUGGUGUAACAUUUGACUUUUUCCCGGGCAAGAUCGUGGCACUACGAGGCACAAAUGUCAGCGGACACCACUUCCUCGUCCGCGAAGUCCUUCCUAUGCCGCUGUUGCCGCCAGCAGCGUCACGACCUGAAGAUAUAGACGUUCAUAACGACCGACUUACGUCCGCCGACGGAGAGACGAGACCUUUGCACAUGCUUUUGGCUGCAGGACCCUACACCACAGAAAGCGACCUCUCUUUCGCUCCACUAUACACUCUCCUCGAACGAGCCACGACAGAACGUGCAGACGUCUUGGUGCUCAUGGGGCCCUUUCUGGACCUCGAACAUCCAGUUGUGGCAUCAGGAGAUUUUGAACAGCAUCUGCCUGCAGACGCAAAGAUCGAGCCUGACCAAGCCACUCUGACAGACGUUUUUCGAGUUCUCAUCAGCUCCGCUAUCCAAAGACUUGCACAAGCUGUUCCCACGAUGACAAUCAUCAUGGUACCUUCCAUGCGUGACGCCAUCAGCAAACACGUCUCGUGGCCUCAAGACCGUGUUCCCAAACCCCAACUUGGCCUACCUAGACAAGUUCAAUUCGUCGCCAACCCCAUGGCACUCUUCUUGAACGAGAUGAUCUUCGGGAUGAGUAGUCAAGACGUCCUAUCGGAGUUACAUCGCAGCAGCGCAGCACAAUCUGCGACUGGAGACAAGCCUCUGAAUAACGACUUGCUCGCACGUCUGAGCGAGCAGAUUAUUGAGCAAAGCCAUUACUUCCCCAUCUUCCCCCCCAUGGCCAGAGAAGAUCUCCCCAAACCUGCCGCGAUUCCCGAUGAAGUACCCGAGCCCGGCGGUGAAGAGCGCAUGGCGCUGGGAGCCAACCUCGACUUGUCAUAUUACAAACUGGGAGAGUUUUGGCAGGCUCGACCAGAUGUGUUACUCUUACCGAGUACCCUGAUGCCUUUUGCCCGAUUCAUACAAGGUGUCCUCUGUAUCAAUCCCGGCACGCUGAGCAAGAAGCGUGGCGCCGGCACGUUUGCUUCCUUGAGCAUUUCACCUCGACGGCUGACGGAUACGGAACGAGAAGCGGGGGAUUGGAUUGGACAUCAAUUGCAUAAGCGGGCGAGAGUGGAGAUUAAGAGGAUUUGAUGUGUUGGCCUUCCAUGUGAAGUUGUUAUGAAGUUUAUAUAUCUGCAUAAGUUUGUCCUUGUUGGCGAGGUGCGGUUGUAGGGAAUACGGGCAUGUAUGUUCUGAUGAAUGAAU